GUCUAACAGUCUUGCAGAUAGCAUUCUUGUAUCCCGCCGGCAUCUUGUCACUGUGUGAUUUUUUACUUCUGGUUUUCAGCUACAUUUAAAUGGUUCAGAGUGCGUGGAAAUUGUUUCGAGUAAUCCGAAAAUAGUGGCAAUGGAGUCUUGCUGCCGCAUUUGUUCGCGGAGCGAUGAAUUUCGUCGGUUUCCUUUGUUCGCUGUAGCCGAAGUAAGUCAGGAAAUUAUUGCCAACAUGAUCACAAGCUGCACCGAUACUCAAGUAUCUGGUGAAGAUGGAUUACCACAGCAAAUUUGUCCAGACUGUUUGAUUACGUUAAGUUUGGCGUAUUCGUUUCGGCGACUCUGUCGACGAACCGAUGCCAAGUUUCGAGAAUGUUUUCGUGAGAGUGCUCCAUCACAGACGGCUGAACAUCAGCAGCAACUUUCACAAAUUUCACAGCCACAUGAUGACAGUACAUAUGAAAACAUUACAUCCAUCAAGGAAGAGGUGGAGUUCUACGACUACGAAUGUGAAGUGCCACCGCAGGAAAACCAAUGGGUGAUUCAGAAUCCAAGGACCAUCCGAGAAGGUGCCAUGACGGUAGUGCACAAUUCCGCCCAAUACUACGAGCAAGCUGAUGAACGGGGUGGGGGUCAAGAAAUACAGCCGAAUGUUGUAACGCCAAUGGUAGCCAUUGGCCAAGGUCAGGUUCCGGCGGAACUGGGCGAACCAUCGACAAGUUUUCAGAAAAGUGAAAAACUUAAGAAGAAACUUCCGAUCGAGCCAGAACGAUUCAGCAAGCGUAUCCGUCAGGAAAACCCCAACCGGAAAAGCAUGACCGUUGACACCCCAGACUGGUCAAUCGGCGACAGUGGAAGUCAGGUGGUUAGUAACCCAGCUCAACAACGCUGUGAAUAUUGCAAAAAGAAGAUGAAAAAAUCCUACAAACACCGAAACGGCAAAUGCUUAAUUAUGAAAAACAAAAAUAGUUUCAAAAAUCGAUGCGUCUAUUGCCAUAUGACGUUCGUUCGCAGCACAAGCAUACCGAAUCACCUGCGUAACUCCUGUCGUGUCUAUCGAGAGGUCUGCAAAAUGAGAGGCAUUGAUGAUUCAGAGCCAUUUGGGGAUCAUACUAUGCCAGCUACACUUACUAGCAGUGAAACGCUACCGACUAGUACUAUCUCUCCAGUGCAUUCAGUUACGCUGGAAGCAAAAAUCGAUAAAAACUCAAUAUUGGGUAGACCAAAACUGCGAAGCAAAUGUGACUAUUGCGAACAAAUUUUCACGGUACGCGGUAACCUUAUCAAACACCAACGAGAACGAUGUAAGGUUCUCCGUAAAAUGAGUUACCACAUGAAGAAGCAGUGUAUUGAACGCACCAUAUCUGGUCUUGGUCCCAGUGUUGAACAAACAACAGCGCCUAUAACCAAACUUCCAGAAAAGUUGCUGCGAGUACGACAGCCAUCAAAUGAUUCUAGUGUCGUCAGCGAAAACCAGUUGGACAGGUCGCUGAUAGAAGAGGAGACUCAAUGUGUGUACUGCACGCAGAUGGUUAGUAAGAAAUCUCGUUUUCUGCAUCAUAACGGUCGCUGUGUACUCGGAAGAACCAAUGCAGAACAUCCUUGUCCGUACUGUCCGAUGGCAUUUUCAUCACGGGGUAACUUACUGAGACACCAGAGAGAACGAUGCCAACAAUAUCAUCAAGAACAGUCAUCCGAGAGCGUCCAAUCUGUAGUUAAGCAGGAUUCAGGUGCUGCAAAAACAAUUUCUCCGAAAAAGUCUAAACAGCUUUCAGUCGAACACCCCAAAAAGAUAAAACAACCCGCAGUCGAGCCGCCGAAAAAGUUCAAGCAACCUCCAGUGGAGCCGCCGAAAAAGUCCAAGAAACUCUCAACUGAUCACAAGGACCCAGAACCAGAUACUAGUAGCUUAAAAAGUGUAGUGAAACGAUCAUUCUGUAAAUACUGCCAACAGUGGAUCAAAAAUUCGGAUCGAUUAAGGCACAAAGAUAAGCGUUGCAUAAAUUUUGCUUCAGUCAAUAAUCAAUCAACAGACUAUUUUUGUGGUUACUGCCGGAAAGGCUUUGCUAAUAGGGAUACACUGGUCGAGCAUCAACGCGUAUGCACCGCUCGUAAACUGCACAAACAGGUCAAAUGUCAGCAUUGCGGAAUGACAAUUUCCAACAGGGGAAAUUUGCGCAAGCAUCAGAAAGUGUACUGCAAGUCUGUCCCCCGAUCGGAUGACGUCAAAAUGGAAGUAAAGCCAGAGGUCGAAUCUCCAAAAAGGCAGUACGUCAAAAAGAUCAAGGAAGAGAAAAAGGAAAACGUUAAGGUCGACGAAUCUAACAAACCUAAUCAACGGAUAAAAGCAGAGCCGAGCACCCAGCGGAAGGAUAAGAAAAAUAAACAAGGUGACAAGCUGCUCCAUCCUUGCGUGUCUUGCAAGCGACGUUUCAAAACGGCCGGUUAUGCCCGCAGGCACAUGAAUCAGUGUGGAGUGAAAUCAACCUCGACGCAUUUCGUUUGUCGAUAUUGCUCAGACUCAUUCAGCUGCAGGAGCAACAUGUAUCGCCACCAGAAAUAUACGUGCAAGCGGUACCGUGCCGAUAAGACGAUCGCAAAUAACACUGUCGAAGAUAGCCUUGAAUCCGCGAACAAGGCCUUGGUCAGCUCUACUCCUAAACCCACAAAACGUGACCCAAAAGAGCACAACAGGUUCCUUCUCUUGGCUGAAUCCGAAGCUGAUAGCAGCUCUUUGAUGGACGACCCGCUAAAACUUCCAGAAUCGCACGACGAUGUGCGAGAAGAAUCCAAUCCAACAGUACCGCCAAAGUUCAGCGAAAAAGAUCGAACGUCGCCGGAACUGCAUGAGUCUCAAGUGGUGGACAACAACAAUUCUGAAGGGGAAAAGGAUCCUACGCCAGCAGCAGCACAAGCCGUGCCGGAAACAACCAAACCCCAAGCGGAACAGGCGUCAACCAAAAAAGUCAUUGACGAAAGGGAGGCGGAGGAAAACCAAUCACUUCACCAGUCUACCGUUGAUUCAGAGCCAUGUAACUAAACUUCAACUACAACAUUUGCUGACUAAAUAUUCAACACUACCAUAACAUUCGAAAGUGGCAUGUUCCGAGCGUUUUCGAACAUUAAUUGUAAAUUAAAUUUACGUUUAGCGGUGGUCGUGAUCAGUCAUACCAAGUAUUGAAGAACUGUUAAUUAAAAGAGCUUGAUUUCGUGUAAAACUACGGAGAAUAUAAGGAAACAGGAGAUA